AUGGUAAAGGCUCAACAAUGGGUAAACGAAAAUUUUUCUUCUCAGGAAAAUAAAGAUAAUGUAAAGAAGCUAUGUAUUCGCAUGACAGGGGGAACCAACAAAAUUGAUAAAUCAAACUACGAAUUUUUUAAUACCAAAUUAGAAGGUGAAUUAGACCUUAAUGGAUUUAAAAAUUUAGAAGAUUUGGCUAUCUGGGGUGAUGGGACUGGUACAUUGCAUCCAAUUAACAACUUAAAAAUUGACCGAUGUUCAAAAUUGCAAAAAUUGGAGAUUGAUUGUACAAGUUUCAAUAAAUUAAAUUUAAAUUCUAAUCAGAAGAUCACAACGCUUAUAAUUCGAGGAUGUAUUAAUUUGCAAAAAAUAGAAGGACUGGAACAAUUAUCUAAUCUCCAAAAUUUAAAUCUUUGGCCUUCUAAUUCUAUUCCAAAUUCUAAACUUCAAAUCUCCCUUAGUCAAAACAAUUGGAAACUGGAAAUAGGAAGAAUAAAAGAAAUUCAAGUCCUCAAAGAAAAAGCACAACAAUUGAAAGAAUUAGCCGAUAUAAUUUUACCCAACAUUACUUUUGAUCUUGAUAAACUGAAACAAGAAAUAGCAAGAUUAAGAUUAAAUGAAUUAGUUCCGCAAGUACAAAAGAAAAAAUCCGAACUAGAACAGCAAAUAAAUAAUACCAAGAACAGUGUAGAAACUAGUUUUAAAAAAGUAAUCGACUUGCUUCUAGAAACUCAAAAACAAAUAAUCACUGGUAAAAAAGAUCCUCUAGUUCAAGCUCAAUUUACAGGACAAUUAAAUGCUUAUCUAAGUAUUUUGGAAGGAAAUUUAUCCAAGCAAGAAUUACAAGCUCUUUUAGAUAAGAAAACUGAACUUAUAAAAAUGGAAGAGCAGAUAGAUAAACUUCAACGAACAAAAAACAAAAAUUAA